AUCCAGGCCAUUGUAUCCAUAGGGUAAUUUUUUCUUCUGUUUGCACUUCCCCUAAACUUACUCAUCCUCUAGGGUUCCAGUUCUUCAUUUUUAUCGCCGUUCCUCGCUUGUCAAGAUCCAAUGGCACCUAAGAAGGACAAAGUUCCUCCUCCUUCCUCUAAACCCGCCAAAUCCGGUGGCGGCAAACAAAAGAAGAAGAAGUGGAGCAAAGGAAAACAGAAGGAGAAAGUGAACAACAUGGUUCUUUUCGACCAAGCUACGUACGACAAGCUUCUCUCCGAGGCUCCCAAGUUCAAGCUGAUCACUCCCUCUAUCCUCUCCGACCGUUUAAGGAUCAAUGGAUCACUUGCUCGGAAGGCUAUCAGAGAGUUGAUGGCUAAGGGAACGAUCAGGCUGGUCUCUGCUCACUCAAGCCAACAGAUCUACACUAGGGCAACUCACAGCUAGUUUCCUUAGUUUUUGUUUUCGUUGUUAAAAUCGACCUUUAUCCCAUGGCUUUAUGAGCUAUCAUUUUUCUAGAAAUACACCUUUACUUGCAUACUUUGGAAUAUUUUUGUUUUAUGAGAAUUUUGUGGAGAUGCAAAGAAUGUUUUCUUUUAUUACGUCAAUUGAUCGUUGUUUCUCG